UGGGAUGAUGGGAUGGGAGAUUCCAGAGGAUAUCCCAGCAGCCAGGGCUUUCCCGGGAAUGCCGUGCAUGAGCAGGUCUGGGAAUAAUCCACGCUUUUUCUUGGGAUUUUUGGCAGCUCUUUGCAUUCAGGAGGGAAGCGAAGGAGCAGAUUCCCGGUAUUUCUUUCUCUGCUGGAUCACGGCCAUUCCCUCAGGAAUUCCAAGCCCACCUGAGCCAAGAAAUCCUAGAAUGGGCAGUGGAUCCAGGGCUGUGCCAGGCGGGAAAAGAUACCCCCGGACUCCCAGGGUUAAAUCCCGAAUCAGCCAGAGGGAAGCUCCAGGAGAAACCCUGGGAAUGCGGGGAGGGAAUUGGGAUCAGCCCGGUUGUUACCGGGGACCAUCCCAACAUAGGAACCAUCCCUGUUCCUAUGGAAUUCUCAUGGAUGAAGCUGGAAUUCCGGGAGGGAUCCUCAUCCAGCGCUGCUGGGGAUGGCACCGGAGCCCGGCCGAGCUUGGCUCCAUCCCGGCAUUCCCAGGACAUUCCCACGGCCCAGCUCCUAUUUCAGGGCUCUUCCAUCUAUUUAAGGAAAGGGGAAAACGCUCUGGAAUCUCCGCGCGUGCGCGGGAAGAGCCCGCGCCAAAUAUUCCCUUUUUUUUUAUUAUUAUUAUUUUGUUGUUUUCAGAGCCCGAUAUCCACGGAUCCCACGGCUUUUUCAGCCGGGAUGUUUUCCUUCCCCUUUUUUUAGCAACACGUGCCUGAAAACUCCCGGCCCUUAUUAAGGCCUUGGAAAACUCAGCUGGUGCCGCCGGAGGGAAUAAAUCAAAUUCUUGGAAGGAGGGGGGAGGGGAAAAAAAGGUUUAAAAAAAGGGGAAAAAAGGCAGGGAAGCGUUCUUCCCUAAACUUUGGGAUGGGAGCGAGGAGCCGGCGGGAAAGGGAAGCCAGGGAGCUCCACGCUACAGGAAGCCGCGGCCUCCGGUGAUAAAUAGGAAAGCCGGGAGCACAGGAUGCGUUCGGGGAGAGCUCGGCGGGACACGGGGAUGUGACCGCGCUCCGGUCGCUCGCUCACUUGUCCGGCGGGAUGGCCGCGCUCCGGCCGCUGCUGCCGCUGCUGCUGCUGGCCUGGCGCUGCCGAGGGGCGGCCGUGGAGGUUCUGUGCGCGGCCGGCGCCUGCUACACCCUGCACCGCAACGAGAGCACCUGGGCCGGGGCGCAGGAGCGCUGCCGGGACAACGGCGGUAACCUGGCCGCGGCGGGCAGCGCCGCCGAGGCCGAGCGCCUGCGGGAGCUGCUGGCCACGGCCCGCUGGACCGGCCCGGCCUGGCUGGGGCUGGCCCUGCCCCGGGGCCACUGCGUGCGGCCGCAGGAGCCGCUGCGAGGCUUCUCCUGGGCGGCGGGCGGCGAGCCGGGAGACUUUUCGGAGUGGGCGGCGGAGCCGGCGGUGACCUGCGUGAGCCCCCGCUGCGUCUCGCUGCGCCCGCCCGGCCCGCACGGCCCCGGCGGCUGGAGCGACCGCGCCUGCCGGAGCUCGCUGCCCGCCUUCCUCUGCAAGUUCAGCUUCCAGGGCAUGUGCGGGCCGCUGGCCGCCCGCGGCUCCGUCACCUACAGCACUCCCUUCGGGGUGCGCGCCCCGCGCCUGGCCGCCGCGCCCUUCGGCACGCUGGCCGAGGUGCGCUGCCACAGCGGCGGCCGCUCGGCCUUCGCCGUCUGCAAGGGCCCGCUGGACGGCGGCGGCUUCGCCUGGCACCCCCCGGGCCCCCUGUGCCCGCUGGCCUGCGGCCACAGCAACGGCGGCUGCGAGCAGCUCUGCCUGGACGGGCCCGGAGAGUCCCCGCGCUGCGCUUGCCACGCCGGCUUCGUGCUGGCCCCGGACUCGGUGUCCUGCCUGCCCGAGGAUCCCUGCCUGCCCAACCCCUGCCAGGGCUCCUGCCGCCCGCUGCCCUCCGGCUUCCAGUGCUCCUGCGAGCCCGGCUACGUCCUGGCCGCCGACGGCCGCGGCUGCUCCGAUGUGGACGAGUGCGAGUCGGGGCCGUGCCAGCAGCGCUGCCGCAACUUCCCCGGCGGCUUCCAGUGCCUGUGCCGGGCCGGCUACCGCCCCGCGGGGCCCGCCGGCCGCCUCUGCCACGACGUGGACGAGUGCGCCCAGCCCCACGCGUGCCCGCAGCUCUGCAUCAACAUUCCCGGCUCCUUCCGCUGCGCCUGCCGGCCCGGCUUCCAGCGGCAGCCGGGAGGAGAUUCCUGCCUGGACGUGGAUGAAUGCCUGCGGGAUCCGUGUCCCGGCGCCUGCCGCAACUUCCCCGGCGGCUACGAGUGCCUGUGCCCGCCCGGCUCCCUCCGGGACGGGGAUGGGCGCGGCUGCAGCCCCGCGGAGGCGAUCCCGAGCAGCGUCCCAGCGAGCUCCGGCAGCAUCCCGCCGGGGAGCUCCGGCAUCCCCCAGACUUCCAGCGUCAUCCCACCGAGCUCCAGCAUCAUCCCACCGAGCUCCAGCAUCAUCCCACCGAGCUCCAGCAUCAUCCCACCGAGCUCCAGCAUCAUCCCACCGAGCUCCAGCAUCCCCCAGACCGGUUCGGACUCGGACGGCCCGCGGCUGCUGCUCUAUUACAUCGUGGGCAGCCUGGUGGCCAUCCUGCUCCUGCUGGCGUUCGCCCUGGCGCUCGUGGCUUGCAGGAGAAGGGCGGCCAGGAGGGAGAAGCCGCCGGCCAAAAGCGCGGCCGAUAAUUAUUGCUGGGUGCCCGAGCAGCCCGAGAGCCGCGGGGAGCGCAGGUAGGAGGGGGUUAAAAAUCCCAAGGGAAGGCUGGCAGGGAAUGCUCUGUGCCCUGAGGGAGCUCCUCUGGCCGUUCCGGUGGGAUCUGCAGUCCUGCUGCUCCAGGGGAGGGAGGGGAAGGGAAUGGGCUGGAAUUUGUCUCCGAAAGGCAAAUUGGAAUUUAUGGGAGCGCGCUCCUGAAAGGAAACGGCUCACUUGGAAUUCUCCUGCUCCCCCUGGAACAUUCCAGACUUGCACUUGUCUCGUUCGCCUG